AUGCCAAAUAUUGGGUAUUCUCCCAAAGUAAAGUCACUGAGACUAACACCGUACUUGUCAUCAGUCGUAUCUCACGAUCCUACGGAAAUUAUUGAUUUCAUCACUCAAAAGGAGAAGCGCAAUUAUAGAAUUGGGAUAGCAUUACUAGUUGUAUCUAUUGUUACAUGGAUUACCGGGUUAGAGUUGGUGAGUGGCGUAUUGAAAACUAGCGAGUAUAAGAAACAGUGGUUUUUUGCUGCUAUCAGUGGGUCUUGUUAUAUGGUGAACUUUAUACCGGAUCUAUUCCUAUUCUUGGCGAAAAAGGUAUUUGUCAAGAAUGAAAUCGAGGGGGUAAAUCAGCCCUUGAUGAGUGAUAGAGAUGAUAUACAAGUAGAGAAGGAUGAAGGUGUGUUGGCGGUGGAAAUGACAAAAGGCGAAGUUUCGAAACUCGCUUUACAAGUUGCAAUAAUCUAUUACUUGUACAACUUGUUCCUUAUGGAGGCAUUAAAAUAUACUUCAGCGUCAAAUCAAACAAUCAUAGGAUCAACUACUACGGUUUUCACCCUUAUAAUGGGGUAUUUCCUUAAUAUUGAGAAACUCUCUUUGAAAAAGGUUGUUUGUGUUAUGUUGAGUUGUAUUGGUGUGUUCUUGGUCAAUUUCGGUAGUGACCAAAAGAGUGGUGAUGGUGGUGGUGGCGGAAAAUUCGAGCCCAAGAACCCAAAGUUGGGCAACACUUUUGCUCUUGCAGGCGCAUUUUUAUAUGCAUGUUACUUAUUGCUUAUGAGAUUGAAAUGUGGCAGUAGUGGGGGCAAGACAACCAAUGAAAGACGAUUAUUUGGAUACGUGGGACUAAUCACUUUGAUUUUGAGUGUCCCUUUGUUGUACAUUGUUGACUUUUUCGAUAUCGAAAAGUUUGAACUCCCACCAAAGGGAAAUAGAGCAGUAUUCUUUAACGUCUUUGUCAAUGCUGUGUUUUCGGCCAUUUCUGACUUUACAGCAAUCUUGGCCAUGUUGUUAACUAGCCCACUUGUUGUAUCAUUAACGUUGACGUGUGCUGUUCCAAUAACUAUAUUUGUCGACUAUAUGAUAUUGUUAUGGGCAAAUGAACCAAUCCAUAAUGUAAGUUAUGGUUACGUCUUGGGGUUGGUGUGUACUAUAGGCGCUGUUAUACUGAUCAAUUUUAGUGGAGAAGUGGAUAAGGAGUUGAUCGACGAUGUGAUUGAAAAUACCUUGGAAAACGCAGUAAUUCAUGAUCAAAUGUUAUCACCUGUAUUAUCGCCAUUAUUGGUUAGACCAUCAUUAUCAAGUAAGGCAUUGUCGAUCAAAUCUCCUUUGAAACAAAAACAAACCGUAUCACCUAAUUUAAGUAUGAAGUUUCAAAUCCCUUUUGUGCCAAUGUAUAACUUGAACGAAAACGAUGAAAGUCCUCCCACACAUAAUCUUAACCAUCAUCCAGAAUUAUAUGGUGUUUCACUGAAGGAUUCUUCUGCAAGGUUACCCAAUCUCAUUAUCACUGCUGGUCCAAACCAUACUUAUCUGAUUGACCAUGCACCAAUUGAAGAAGAUGAUGAUUUCAUAGAUGUAUAG